AUUGGCCGUCGGAAAGGGCGCGGCUGCCGCGAGGGGGCGGCGUCGACUGGACCGAAAAUCCUAUAUCGUUGGCGUCGACGGUCGGGGGCGGUGUCAUGAGGAGCUGCCGUUAGUGUCGACGCAGUGAGCGGCAACCGACGAUGCCGGGAAGGAGGAAGAAGAUAAGACGACUGCGCUGUCGUGCCCGAGAAUUUGCUGAUGGCGCAAAUAUAUACACUCCUCCAGACAGCAUGGACGUGUUGGCUACCAAGUACAAGGAGAAGUGUAAAGUGGAAUCGAGUACAGAGUCUGACUCUGAUGCCUGCACCACUGAGUCACUGGAUCCAUACGAUGGAGAUUUGGAGAGCACCUCAAGUGAAUCGGAUGGCAGUAGACAAUUUCUGCAAGAUGUCUACACUGACAAGUCAAGUUAUCUGUCCCAUGCUAUUGUUGCAGUUGAUGGAAGGAAGUUGUCAGUAAAACCGUAUAAACAGUCCUUGCUGACAACAUUUCUGCCUGUAUGCAGUAAUACAGAGUUAAAUUCCAUACAAGUAGAAACUGCGGCCAUUGGUGGUAUACUCCCACAAUCUUCCUGUGAAUCAGAAGUUCUCUUUAACGGAGAACAUGAACUUGCAUUUGCAACAAAUAAUUAUGUGGCAGAUGCUGGACACAAGUCUGCAUCAUUGGACUUGGAUGUGUCGGCUGGAUCUCCUGCUAUAAACGUGGACAUUGAAAGCGAUCAUAGACUUGUGAACAUGUUUGUUCUGCACGACCCUGGGACUCAUGAGGCCAGGAACUCGAAUGUCCAGUGGCGCUCAGGAAAGCUUUUAAAGACUGCUCAUGAAAGUUUUCCUGAAGGAAAGAUAUCAGCAAAAAGAAAACUCGGGAAUCCUUUGAAUGAAGCAAGCAAUGAAUGGAUAAGUAAAAAGAAAAGUCGUAUUCUAAAAACUGAGGUAAGCAAUUUUGUACUGAAGUGGUCUGUUUAGAAAUGCUUCAGGAGUAGUGUUACCCAAACUGCAUAUUUAUGUAAAAAUUGUGUAUUACAAAGAUGUUCUUGGGGUAUGCAAUUAUUUUCCAUUUCAGGCAUCUAGUUUUGGCUUGGAUGUGGUCAAAGAAUGCUGAAUAAGACUAAAUAUUUGGCAACAGAACCAGUGUCUUGGCCUAAUUGCAUAUGUAAUUGUUUUGUGAAGUGACUUUUCUCUUGGUGAUGAUUGUUUGCUUGGUUCUGUGCUUAAAGUUCUGUGGGUGGGGACAAUUGAACAAUCUCUCUCCCCAGUUACCAAUCUUGUGAAUGCAAGUGAAUUGUAGAAUGCGAUUAUCAAAUUUUUUUCCUACUAAAGUGAAAGCUGAUUUUUGUUAAAAUAUGCUCAGUCAAAUUGUCUAUUAACUUUUGGAAUUUACUAUUUUGAAGUUGUAUAACAUGGAUUAGUUUUUUUUCCGAUUGUGCCCAUUUCUCACAAGUCUAUGUCAAUUGCUCAUCUUAAACUACACUGAAGUGGUGACCUCCCUUCUGUAAUUAUUUGUAUGUUAACAAACUCCUGGCUUCUUAAUGCUUGCAGGGGAGUCACCAAAUAGUGUGUUAUUCUGGUAACGUUUGGACCAGGCCACCAAAAGGUGCAGGUGUCUUUGCCUAAAGGAUUUUGGAUAAUAGCCUCCAAACUAAUUGCACUCCAAUUGAAGUCUCAUUCAGAAGUGGUGUAAAUUGAAGUUCACUAGUAUCCUAGUGUGGCUCUAAUUUUGAUUCACCAUUAUUUGUCAUUUGCGUACAUAAUCAAUAUGCAGCAGUUGUUUAUUGGAUCUGUGCGUAUGUUGUAUUUUUCUUCCCACUACCGUUAGUCGAUGUAUUAAUAUCAAUGGACUGUUAUUGGGGAGGAAGAGGGAAAGCCUGUUGCUUUUCAUUUAGCAGCUUGAGUGUGCCUCUCUCUGUGUCUGCAUGGGUUUUCUCUGGGUGCGUUGGUUUCCUCCUACAUAUGUGCAGGUUGGUUAAUUGGCUAGCAAAAAUUGCCCCUAGAGUAAGUAGGUGAUAGAAUCUGGGGGCAGUUGAGAAUAAGGGCAGCACGGUGACAUAAUAGUAGAGCUUACAGCACCAGAGACCAGGGUUUGAUCCUGACCACAGGUGCUUGUCUUUCCGGAGUCUGUACGUUCUCCCUGUGACCUGUGGGUUUCCUCCGAGAUCUUCACUUUCCUCCCACACUCCAAAGACAUAGUUUUUUUAAGGUUAAUUGGCUUGGUAUAAAUGUAAUCCUAGUAUAUAGGAAAGUGUUAGUGUGCGGGGAUCAGUGCGACUCGGAUUGCCGAAGGGCCUGUUUUUGCACUGAAUCUCUAAACUACGGUAAAUAAAAUUAGAUUCAUGUAGGAUUGGUGUGAAAGGGUAGUUAAUCGUCAGCAUGGACCCAAGGCCGAUAAAUCUGUGUACUAUUGUCACCAAAGCAUACACUUUGAGGAAGAGGAUGUGAUGUUUUUAAAUGUCAAAUGCUAAACUUCCAAUGAGUUUGUUUCUUUGUCUAUUUGUAAAAUAUAGAAAUCAUUGUUUAACCUUCUGUAAAUAUGAAUAGCCUACAAACUGCAUUUGGUACAAAGCUUAUGUUUGAGGGAGGAAAUUUAUGUAUAUUUGUAUAUGGUUAUAUUAUACUAGAAAUAUUUUGACCAAAACCUUGAAUUGGUUGAGUUGAUUGGACGGUCAUUAAAAAUCUAAGCUUUCAU